UACACCUCAGUCAACGAUGAUUUGAGUCACCACUAAAAUGCGCCAAAGCUACAGAAUUACGAUCUUCAACAAAGUUUUAUUGCAAACCAUAUAUACUAUAUAAUACGCGUAACAAAAUGUGUUAAUCACGAUUCGCUGUAAAGCCUAAGAACGUUGCUAGAGUACAGCUAAAGUUUACCUUAGACACAGAUGGUAUGAACGUAUCCCUUGUGUCCCCUGUACCGAGGCCCCCACGUGUAACUCAGCUGACGAAAGUUGGUGAAAUCGAAACGUGCACAAUCCGGACAAAAACCGGCCUUAUUCCUCUAACUCUUCAACUUUCCUCGACGCUAUUCUGCCGAUAUGAAGUUGUUUACGGAUCCAGGGAAUCCACAUGCUCUAAAAGCUGUGAUCGCCUCGAAUAUAGCAGGAACGGUGCUCCAAAUCCAGGAGGUUGACCGAACCAGAUGGACAGGUAACCUGCCCAUCUUGGAACUCCCAUCAGGAAGAGCAAUUUUCUCAGCUAACGCAGCCUGCAGGUACUUGUUGGGUAAUAAAAACACUGAUGACAUCACUGUGGAUGAGUGGCUGGAAUGGGAGAGUUCUCAACUACAGCCAUUCCUAGCCCCGUACAUUGUGGCGUGUGUAGGUCAGGGUAAGAAGGACAAUGCCUUGUUUGCUGCCAUGUUUCCUCUGUUAGAACAUCUGGACAAGGCACUGAAGGACAGGCAAUACAUCGUCGGGACGUCUGUGACAGCAGCUGAUAUUGUACUCUGGUCAGCACUCUUCCCUCUCUAUGGAGACUCAACAAAGAUAACAGAUGAGUUGACUCGGUACUCAGGAAUUGUAGACUGGUUUCAGAACUUGUCGACUCAAGAAGCAUUCAAGUCCGCCAUAGCAACGGUUACUAAGAGCAAGGGAGUGUCAGCUUGUAAGGCAUCUUUGCUAGCCCAGCCCCUCCCCCUGAAACCAGUGAUACAGUCCUCUCCCACCAAGGCCCAGUCAGAGGCUGGCUCUACAAGCAGUGAACUGUCAGUCUCUGCUGAGGAAGUCACAGCCGCGAUUUCUGCUUUCAAAGAUGGGAAGAGUCCCAAGCCUCGGACAAGGACACAUCCUAUGUUUUGCCGGUUGCGUAACUGGAACACUCUGUACAUCUGUGGUACAGAUGAGUACGGCACAGCCACUGAGACCAAAGCCCUGGAGGAAGGCCUCAGUCCCCAGCAGAUCUGUGACAAGUACAACAGGAUCCACACCGAGAUCUACAAGUGGUUUGAGAUCGACUUCGACUACUUUGGGAGGACCACCACACCUCAGCAAACUGUGAUAUCCCAAGACAUUUUCUGGAGGCUGUACAAGAGGAAUUUCUUGCUGACAGAAACUGUGGAGCAGCUGAAGUGCCAACAAUGUGACAAGUUCCUAGCAGACAGAUUUGUGGAGGGAACAUGUCCACUCUGUAACUAUGACGAUGCCCGGGGAGACCAGUGUGACAAAUGUGGCAAACUCAUCAACGCUACAGAACUCAAGAAACCCAGGUGUAAGCUGUGUAACAAAACACCUGUAGUCCAGACCUCAGAACACCUGUUCCUCGACCUUCCCAAGUUGGAGCCGGCUCUGUCAGCCUUCCUGAACACCAUCUACCCAACAGACGACUGGUCCAACAACGCGAAGGUCAUCACAAGGUCGUGGGUGCGGGACGGCCUGAAGCCUCGCUGUAUCACCCGAGACCUCAAGUGGGGAACGCCGGUGCCUCUGGAGGGGUUCACGGAAAAGGUUUUCUACGUGUGGUUCGAUGCUCCAAUUGGCUACCUGUCGAUAACUGCCAACUACACCGACCAAUGGGAGAAGUGGUGGAAAAACCCUGAACAGGUGACACUGUACAACUUCAUGGCAAAGGACAAUGUUCCGUUCCACAGUGUGGUGUUCCCCUGCAGUCUGCUGGGAGCCGAGGACAACUAUACACUGGUCAACCAUCUACAGGCUACAGAGUACCUGAACUACGAAGAUGGGAAGUUCUCCAAGAGUCGGGGCGUGGGCGUGUUCGGGAACAACGCAAAGGACACUGGGAUACCUGCAGACAUCUACAGGUUCUACCUACUGUUUGUCCGACCAGAGAGUCAGGACAGCACCUUCAGCUGGGAAGACCUGAUGACCAAAAACAACAGCGAGCUGCUCAACAACCUGGGAAACUUUGUCAACAGAGCCCUCAUGUUUGUGAGUAACUUCUUCCAAGGCGUGAUGCCGGCAGUAGAAGUGACGGAGGAGGAUGGACAGUUGUUGGCUCAGAUCAACAGGGAACUACAGGCCUUCUUACAGUGUCUGGAGAAAGUCAGACUGAGGGAGGGUCUGGUUCGUAUCCUGAACAUCUCUCGGCUGGGUAACCAGUACAUCCAGGCACAGAAACCCUGGGUCUUAGUCAAGGGGAGCCCAGCGGAAAAAGCGCGAGCGGGUACAGUGAUCGGCCUGGCGGCUAACGUGUCCUGUCUCCUGUCUGUGCUGGUUCAGCCGUACAUGCCUGCCACCAGCUCCACCAUACAGCAGCAGCUACAGGCACCUCCGGAGGUCAACAUCCUCACUGACACGUUUGUCUGUCAGCUACCGGCAGGGCACAAGAUUGGAAAGCCCAGCCCCCUGUUCCAGAAACUAGAAGCCUCCACCAUGGCGGAACUCAAGAAGAAAUUUGCAGGGACUCAGAUGGAGAGGAAGGAACAGGAGCAGAAGAGUAAGACUCCAGCCCAGCCUGUACAGAACACCCCUCCUGUUAAAGUGGACCAGGCUGAAGUGGACAGGCUUACAGCAGAAGUGCAGAAGCAGGGAGAAGCUGUGCGUCAGCUGAAGACAGACAAGGCAGAGAAGAAGCUGGUGGAUGCAGAGGUACAAAAGUUACUCGCUCUAAAGGCGCAGCUCGCCGCUGCCAAGGGGGAAAACCCUGCCGAAAUUAUCGGUGGGAAGGGCAAGAAGAACAAAAAGGGCAAAAAAUAACCGACCAAUUCUGCUUGGAACCUGAAUCCUGUACCCUGUAUACCAGACUGUUGCCAGGGCUAGUAUAUAGGCCAGCUCCAGGGCUAGCCAGGGUACCAGACUGUUUCAAGGGCCUAUACAGGCCACCUUCUUGUCCCCAAGGAAAUUGUACCACAGAUAUCCCUCAGUUAGACCUCCUUUAAAUUGGUUGGACUCUGAGGAACUGGUCUGUUUACUGGCCCUGUGAACUGUCUGGCAUCCAGGCUAGAAUCCUGCGAUAAGUGAAAGAAAUUUCUUACUAAUAAUAGAUGAAUUAGAAUGUGAAUUUUCAGGUGCAUGUCUUUCAAUGUUUCUCAGUGUUACGGGUCCCUCCAAAACUAUGAAUUGGUCUCAUCUUCAUGAUUUAGAAAUUGUCUGAUUGGGACAAAAUGUCUUCAACUUUCUGAUCUUCUGAUAUGCUCUUUUUCAAGCUGCCUCCGGAGUGAUUAACAAAGGAGCAGGUCUCAGUAACAAUGUGUGUCAUAACUUCUCUACAUACAUAAGCUAUCAUUCUACAGUAUUAAAGCCAUGAAAUGUGUUGGCAGAACAUUGCUUAGUAAUGUGUUUCAGUCUUCAAUGAUCUCCAUUUACUAAAACUACAAAGUUGAACAUAUUCUUCAAAGUGAAACAAGAAAGUUAAGAUAAAAUUAAUGCAGGAAGUAGUAACUGCAAAGUUAGAAGUAACUUACAAGACAAGCACUAGUAGUGUACAUGACACAAAUCUUCUUAUGAUGUUGUAGCGUUAAAUCAUGUUGACCAGUUUAUAAAUAGUUACACAAUGUCUACCAUAUUGAGAAAAAGAAUGCCAUGAUGGUGAUGUUACUGUUUUAUAGCACAAGACCAUUACAGGAAUAUACUGUGUAGUGUUGGCAACCAUCUGAGUCAAUGAUACUAUUAGCCUCCAUAGCAUGCCAAAAAUUGGGGGUUUUGGGGGUCUUCAGAAGCUUUUAUGUGCUAUUUUCUGAUUGCAUAUAGACAACAUAG